AUGGACGAUAACGACAAUGAUGUGGUGAUGGAUGGUGAGGAGCAUCGCAUCAAUAGUCACUCUGCCCAGAAUGGUUUCCACUACUCUGGAGACUUUGACAUGGGCCUCGAAAGUGCCUCUCCUGACGGUCAAAGCGAUCUUGAUGAGUCUGAGGAGGAAGAGGAUCCCACUGCCUACCCUCAAGACCUGCGACGGAAGGGUCUCCUUCCUACGGGCUGCUGCUACGAUGUUCGGAUGAAGCUCCAUGCCAACGCCGACUUCGGUCCGAAUCCUCAUCAUCCUGAGGAUCCCUCAAGAAUUGAUGCCAUCAUGAACGCGUUCAAGAGAAAUGGCCUUGUCUACUCCGGACCUCCAGAGAAGGAGAUUGAUGUCAUUAAUACCAAUCCGACUCAGUACAUGUGGAGGAUUCCGGCACGUGAAGCAACCCAGGAUGAGAUUUGUAUUGUUCAUCGCCCAGAGCACUACGAAUGGGUGAAGGAUCUGGACAACAAGACCACCCAGGAUCUUCGCCGAUUGACCAAGAUCCUUGACUCUGGCAGGGACUCACUGUAUGUUGGCUCGAUGACAUUUCCUGCUGCUUUGAUCUCUGCUGGCGGCGCCAUUGAGACAUGCAAGAGCGUUGUCAAUGGCAAUGUCAAGAACGCCUUCGCAGUCAUCCGUCCACCAGGCCAUCAUGCAGAGUUCGACUCUCCUAUGGGCUUCUGCCUCUUCAACAAUGUUCCGAUAGCAGCAAAGAUCUGUCAACAACAAUUCCCUGACUUAUGUAGGAAGAUUCUCAUCCUGGACUGGGACGUCCAUCAUGGAAACGGCACGCAGAACAUGUUCUACAACGACCCUAACAUUCUCUACAUCUCCAUUCACGUCUACAUCAACGGCACUUUUUACCCAGGAAAACCUGAUAACCCCAUGACACCUGACGGCGGUAUAGAAAACUGCGGCACGGGUGCAGGCCUAGGAAGAAAUGUCAACAUUGGCUGGCACGAUCAAGGCAUGGGCGAUGGUGAAUACAUGGCUGCAUUCCAGAAGAUCAUUAUGCCCAUCGCGCAAGAGUUCAAUCCGGAUCUGACAAUCAUUUCAGCUGGUUUCGAUGCAGCUGACGGAGAUGAGCUUGGCGGAUGCUUCGUCACACCAGCAUGUUAUGCGCACAUGACUCACAUGCUCAUGUCUCUUUCAAACGGAAAAUUGGCCGUUUGCUUGGAGGGAGGAUACAACCUGCGCGCCAUCUCGCAAUCUGCUGUUGCUGUUGCAAGAACCUUGAUGGGAGAGCCACCGCCGAUGAUGACAAUACCCAAGAUCAACAAGGAGGCGGCCAGACUUCUCGCCAAGGUACAGGCACACCAAGCACCCUACUGGGAAUGCAUGAGACCGGGCAUCGUUGAUGUCCAAGACAUUCAAUCUCUCGGAGGAGUUCGUCUUCAUGACGUUGUUCGCACUUAUCAACGGCAAAUGCUGUCCCAGAAUUUCGGCAUGAUUCCGCUCUACAUCCAGAGAGAGACGCUCUUCAAGUCUUAUGAGAACCAGGUUCUAAUCACUAGAGGUGUUCAUGAAUCGAGAAGACUUCUAAUGAUCAUUCACGAUCCUCCCGCAUUGCUUGCCCAGCCGGAUUCGCUUGAUAAUUCUAUCGAGGCUCAUAAUGGAUGGGUGGCCGACGGCGUGACACAGUAUAUCGAGUGGGCUGUGGCCCAGAAGUUUGGUGUCAUGGACAUCAACAUCCCUUAUUAUGUCACUCAUCCGGAGGAUACGGAUCCAUUCACUCAACGAACAGAUGAGAGAGCGAUGCAGCUGCAGAUACAGGAGCUCGUAUGCUACAUAUGGGAUAAUUAUCUGCAGCUCUGGGACAACGUUGAGGAGAUCUUCCUCAUGGGAGUUGGUUUCGCUUAUCUUGGAGUUAAGACGCUCCUGAUAAGCAGAGAUUGCAAAUCAAGAAUCUCCGGAGUUGUCAACUUUGUAAAUGGCACGCUACGUCCUGUAAAGUCUGAUGUUGACCAAGAGCUAUCUUCAUGGUACAAGGAAAAUUCGCGCGUCUUCGUUGCUGACGAUCACGCAUGCUGGAACGACUCGGACCUGACCCGAAAGGUGUCGAAGAAGCGCUUUGGCGCCGUGGUGCAUAGUCCGCAUCAUGGCCUCAAUCGUAUGAUGAGAGCACAUGCUGGCGAAGUCUACAACUGGAUCUUGGACCGUGUUGUGGAUGGCCAUGGAGACACUACUGAGGAGGAUAAGGUCAAUUGA